GCCGCCUCCUUUCAGACCCGGAGCCGUAGACGCGCAAUCCCCGCCAAGCGCCCCUGCCCCUCGGACCCGGACCCGGGCCUGCGACCCCAGCCCGGCCGGCGCCCCUGCACCGCGGAGCUCGGGUGCACGCCCCGCUGGGGCUCGGGGCCCCUCGGGCCGCCGGGAUCUGCACCCCGAGGCCCCCUGCAGGCCGGACCGUGAGGACACGGGCCUCCGGGCCGCCGGGGCCGCGCGUCCGAGAUGCCGCCCGGCAAAGUGCUGCAGCCGGUGCUGAAGAUGAAGGUGGACGAGCUGUUCCUGUGCUGGCUCAGCGAGGCCGGCACGCAGGCCAUGCUCCGGGACUGUCUGCAGCGGAUCCGGGCGCCCGGCCGCGCCGACCUGGGCAGCGGAGACGCCGCGCAGCCCGCGCCCCUGACGGCCCCCCCGGCGCCCGGCCCGGCCCCCGCGUCCUCCGCGCUGCCCCUGGGCGCCGCCUCGAGCCCCAGGGUCGGGCCGCACCUCCGAGGGACUCGUAGAUCCGCGGGGACCCGAGUCGUUCAGACGAAGAAGGAGGAGCCCCGGCCGCCGGCCGCCAGCCAGAGCAUUCCCGCCUUCUACUUCCCCCGGGGCCGCCCGCAGGGCACGGCGGACACCGACGCCGUCAUCGCCAGGAUCGAGCGGACCUUCGCCCAGUUCCCGCACGAGCGGGCCACCAUGGAGGACAUGGGCAAAGUGGCCAAGGCCUGCGGCUGCCCGCUGUACUGGAAGGGGCCGCUCUUCUGUGCCGCCGGCGGAGAGCGCACAGGCUCCGUUUCCGUCCACAAGUUCGUCGCCAUGUGGAGAAAGAUCCUGCAGAACUGCCACGACGAGGCCACGCGGUUCGUGCACCUGCUCAUGAGCCCCGGCUGCAACUACCUGGUGCAGGAGGACUUCGUCCCCUUCCUGCAGGACGUGGUGAACACGCACCCGGGCCUGGCGUUCCUGAAGGCGGCGCCUGAGUUCCACUCGCGCUACAUCACCACCGUCAUCCAGCGCAUCUUCUACACCGUCAACCGCUCCUGGUCCGGCAGGAUCACGUGUGCCGAGCUGCGGAGGAGCUCCUUCCUGCAGAACGUGGCGCUGCUGGAGGAGGAGGCCGACAUCAACCAGCUGACGGAGUUCUUCUCCUACGAGCACUUCUACGUCAUCUACAGCAAGUUCUGGGCGCUGGACACCGACCACGACCUGCUCGUCGGCCGGCAGGACCUGGCCCGGCACAACGACCACGCCAUCUCCACCAAGAUGAUCGAGAGGGUCUUCUCGGGAGCCGUGACGCGAGGCAGGAAGGUGCAGAAGGAGGGGAAGAUCAGCUACGCCGACUUCGUGUGGUUCCUGAUCUCCGAGGAGGACAAGAAGACCCCCACCAGCAUCGAGUACUGGUUCCGCCUCAUGGACCUGGACGGGGACGGGGCGCUGUCCAUGUUCGAGCUGGAGCACUUCUACGAGGAGCAGAGCCACCGGCUGGACUGCAUGGGCAUCGAGGCCCUGCCCUUCCAGGACUGCCUGUGCCAGAUGCUGGACCUGGUCAAGCCGCAGAGCCCAGGGAAGAUCACGCUGCGGGACCUGAAGCGCUGCAAGCUGGCCAACGUCUUCUUCGACACCUUCUUCAACAUCGAGAAGUACCUGGACCACGAGCAGAAGGAGCAGGCGUCCCUCCUCAGGGAGACGGAGACGGAGGGCCCCGAGCUGUCGGACUGGGAGAGGUACGCGGCCGAGGAGUACGACCUGCUGGUGGCCGAGGAGGCCGCCGGGGAGCCCUGGGACGACGGGUACGAGGCGGAGCUGAGCCCCGUGGACCAGAAGCUGAGCGGCCUGCACUCGCCCCUGGCCCAGAGGCCCUUCUUCGAGGCGCCGUCCGCGCUGGGCGCCGUGCACCUGUUCGACUUCGAGGGCGACGAGGAGCUGCAGCCGUCCUGAGCGAGCGGCGGGCGGCCUGCGUGGGAGGGAGCGUGUGCGUGUGGACGGCUGAGCUUUACAGACGUGACUGCGUGUGCCAUGGCGACCUAUUUAUUCACACGGGGGCCGGCUCCGGGGGUCCCUGACGGCCGUGUCCCCGCCCCCCUGGCGGGCAGAGCCGACGCCCCGGGACCGCGGGGACACGGCGGGACCCCUGCAGGCAGGCCCGCAGCCCCUGGUGGCUCCCAGUGGAGGAGUUCGGAGGGACGGCCGGACGGUCACACCACGGGCUCCAGGGUCGGCCCGGGGGGACCU